AUGCCGGCUUGGCUUGUUGUGUUCUUCAGCAACAUGUUCUUCGGAUGCGCAGGCUUCUCCAUCGUGUUGCCAACGCUUUGGCCGUACCUUCGGCAGAUGAAUGCCUCCACAGAAUUUCUGGCUGCAGUUGUGGCAGCUUACAGUGUUGGCGAGGGCCUGGGAGGAUGGACAAGCGGCUGGCUCUACAAUAGAUACCCGGAGCAUCCUAAAAGCCUCUUACUGGGUGGAAUGGGACUUGGCGUGUUGGCCGCACUUUUCUAUGUCCUGGCGCCGAUCUUCGGAACAGCUGCUAAGUUCGUGGUCCUGGUGGCUCGUUUCACGUCAGGCUUUGACAACGGGACCCGGCAGACCAUCGAGCAGACCUUCAUUGGAAGCAAGAUCUCGAUAGAGCACCAGACAUCUGUCUCUUCGCGCUUGUCCAGCUGCGCGAUUACAGGCAUCAUGAUGGGACCCGCCUUGGGAGCUCCCUUGCAAGCAGUCGACUGGAAGCUCCCGGGCCUGGUAGUGGAUGGGAACAACGGCCCUGGCGUUGUGCUGCUGAUUGUAUGCAUGAUGAACAUGCUUGUAUCAUGGCGCUUCUUCACCGUGGAGCCAGGCAAAACCAGUCAGCCAAGGCUACAAGCAAAUGAGUCCCGAGACCAGAAGUCCCAGCCCCCGAACCAGCGUGGACUCCUUGUUUGCUACAUGAUUUUCUUUGGCGUGAACCUCAACAUGGCAAGUUUGGAGACGGUGACGCCUAUACUCGCGCAGAGGCUGUAUGGUUGGGGUCCAUGCCUCAACCCAACUGAAUGCCCGUUUGAGGCCAGUCAGGUCUACGUCAACCUGUUGCUAAGCAGCGGCGGCGUCCUGAGCUUGGCCAUGGCUGCUUUGAUGUCGUUCUGCCUGGGUCCCUACAUCUUCCGUCGGGAAGUUGUUGCCAUCAGCUUGAGUCACGCAGUGUCAGUGCUGGUGAACCUGGACAACAUGGACUUUGGUGGAAGACUACCUGCUAGCCGAUUCGUCGUAGACUACCUGCUAGGAGCCUUUUUUGGAGGCCUUGCCCGAGGGCCGGGGGUGUCGUUGAUGACGCAGAUCAUUGGCCCUCAUCCCAAAGCGGCCUACAUGGGCCUGCUGUUUGCAAUCGGUGCAGUGCCCCGCAUCGUGGGGCCGUUUCUGUUUGUGGAGCUUCUACAGAUCCCGGCACCUUCGCGAACAGCAGAGUUUGCCUUUGUCUAUCAGGGUUCUGUCCCGCGCACCUGGCUACUGUACGGCUGCCAGAUGGUGGUCUUCCUGACCAUUUUCCUGAGCGUCCAGAUCUUCAGGAAAGACCUGCAGCCCCACCCGAUGCACGGGGAUGCCAUUUCUGCUGGCGGCAUCCGUGAACCGCUGUUGAAGCAAGAGGCUUCUCCAGCACAUGCUGAUGUCAUUCCCAACACGCCGUCGUUGGUGAGAGAGGGCAUCGCCAGCUUCGAGGAUUUGACGAGGAAUGCGAGCUCCCGUAGCCUGAUUGGUGGGGCAGCUGUCUGA